CGCCCACCAUACCUGUUUUACACCUGAGUGCAGCGAUCUAAACGCUUCAUAGUUUUCUGGCGGCGCUGAUCUACACCGACAGGCCUCGGAGCCCAACUAGUUGAGCCUGACGAUCCAGAUGGCGGCAUACUCUUAGCAAGAUACUGAAAUGUCGACCGCCUACGGGUCGACGACCGUACACGAUCUGCUCAUAGAACCGCUGGUCCACGUCUUUCUCGAUGCGGCCUCAUUCGACGUGACCAACAUCGCAGAGAACCCCGAAAAACUCAGUCAUGUCGCGCCUGUCGUCGUAUCUCAUGUCUGCUCGCGGUGGAGAGCUAUGUCCCUAGACACGCCAAAGUUAUGGACACCGGUCGUACUUAGCCAGUCCGCCUGUCGCGAUGGACUUCUGCCCGCGUUUUCUCAGCGAAGGGGAGAGGGAUCACCUACCGACCUCAUCCAUUGUCCCAAGUCAAUCGACGCAACUGUAUCGGGGGGGAUGGUGGCCAUGCACUCAUGGCUGAGCGACGUCUCCUAUCGCAGGAUUCGAACGCUCAUCGCGCGAUACGCAUGGGGUGCCAGUAUCGAGAAUCUGCGAGGCUUCCCUCCGCAGACGCCCGCGCAACAGACGAUGCGCAGCCGGGCGAGGAGACGGUGGCUGAGCCACCGGGGAGUCGCAGGAAGUCCGCCUUGGGAAAAGCCAUGUCAAUUGAUUAUUCUACGACUGGAGGUGCCGGCUCCGAUGCCGCGACAGAUACGAGCUUGCAGAGCCCACCUCCCCCGCCGCCUUUCGAUGAAUUCCAAGACGUCCGGAUACCCCGCUGCGCCCAGAUGACACCGGAUACCCAGGCCAGCCUGCAACAGCUAGGAGUCAUCAGCAUCGAUUAUACGCC